AUGAGAGAAGUAGUAAGUGCAGAUGAUUUUUUUCAAGUUCAGAAAGUUCUGAAGAAGAAGAAGAAGAGAAAACAGAAAGAAUAUCACCAGGAGCAUCAAAAUGGUGAAAGUGAAGAAAAUGCAGAGCUUGGCUGUGCUUCUCCUCUGCUGUUUGAUGAGAGAGCAGCACAGAGGGUUGAAGGCUCUGAGAAGAAGAAGAAGAAGAAGAAACACAAAAUCAAAGGGCAGAAGAAGCAGUCUUUGUUAGAUCAUUUUUAUGCAGGAAAUGAAACUGAAACUAAUGAUGAAACUGGAGUGGUUGUUUCCAGAAAGAAAAAGAAAAAGAUGAAAUCUAAGUACAGUGGGAACAUAGAUGAUCAGAGUGAGGAACCUGGUGUCCCAGAACAUCAGCAGAAUGAUGAGAGUUGUCUGGAAGUGGACUGUGUGGAUUGUGUUUAUUUCAAACAAUCUGCUAAGAAGAAAAGAAAAGCUAAAUGGCCUGAAAAUGAUGAGGAACACAAGCUGCCUGCCUCAGAAACAGGUGAGAAAAAUGACCUUAAACGACCAAAAAAGAAGAGGAAGAAGAAGAAAAGAGGCAGCAGUAGCCAAGAGGUGCAGGAAGACACAGAUGUGACUGUUGCUGAGUUACUGGUGUCAUCUCCAGAGCAGAGCAGGCAAAAGGAAGACCCAGCCUUGCCCUCACCUGCAGAGGAGGGAGGUGCUGCCUCAUCCCAGCGAUGGCAAGAAGAUGGUGACACUGAUGAUUUUCUUGUCAUCAAUGAAGACUCUGUGGAUGCUCCUGCUCCUUUUUCCAAGCCAACUAAAGCAGCUGAUGGAUCUCAUCAGAAAACUCCAGCACGUGCCAAAAAGCCAACCAAACACAGUGUUUCGGUCAUGGAAGGAAGGUCUUCAGGAUCUGAAGUAAUGGUAUCAGAACCCUUGGCAUCAGAGGAAAGGAAGGACCAGAAUAGUUCCUUUACUGAAAUGGCAGCCUCUGAUGAGCUUAGUGUGAGCGAUGAUGAGAUCCUGAACUCUACUGUCUGUUCAGACACGGGUUUGGAUAUUGCAAGACAAGAAUUGGAAGAGUUUAUUCCUCACGUGAGGAAUAUAUCAGACAGUUCAAUCAGGAAGAUGGCUGGAAGAGACUUAAUGAGGUUUAAAGAGUUUAAAAAACAAGGUGUCACUGUCAAGUUUGGCAGGUUCUCCCGGAAGGAAAAUGAUCAAAUCCGGAAAAAUGUGGAAGAUUUCUUAACCAUUACUGGAAUAGACAGUGCUGAGAAACUCCUGUUCACCUCCAGGUACCCAGAAGAUAAAGAAACCAUCAAGCGCCUGAAAGCAGAACACCUAUUUUGUCAAAAACUUUCUGAGGGAAUACCACGACCCUGGAGGCUCAUCUAUUACAGAGCAAGGAAGAUGUUUGACCCAAACAAUUAUAAAGGGAGGUACACGAAGGAAGAAAAAGAAAAGUUGAAGAAGUAUCACGCUCUGCAUGGCAAUGAUUGGAAGAAGAUUGCUGAGAUGAUGUCCCGUUCUAACCUCUCAGUUGCUAUGAAAUACUCUGAAAUCAAGUCAGCUAUUAAUUAUGGUCCUUGGUCAAAGGAGGAGACCCAGAAGUUGAUGCAUGCAGUAGAGGAGGUGAUCAGGAAAAGGCUGGAAGGGGAAGAAUCCAAUUCCCUGUCAUCAUCAGGCAAAUCCAACAGGGAUCUCUCCAUUGACCGUGAGAAACUGUGUGAGAAACUGCCCUGGACUGAGAUUGAAGCUAAAGUGGGAACUCGAUACUGGAGACAAUGUAAACAGAAAUGGACUACCAUUUUAACAAACAAGAUGACCAAAGGGCAGCAGGUGUACAGGGGGACCAAAGGAUUACAGGCCAAGAUCAAUCUUAUCAAAAGGUUGUAUGAAAUGAAAGUGGAAGAUGCUAAUGAAGUGAACUGGGAAGAACUCAGUAAUAUUAUUGGAGAUGUCCCUAGAGCCUAUGUUCAAGCAAAAUUUUAUAAGCUAAAAGUCUCCUGUGUCCCUUUUUGGCAGAAAAAGACUUUUUCUGAAAUCAUCGAUUAUCUUUUUGAAAAGAAACUUCCAGAAUUUGAAGAAAUGUUAGAAAAAAGGAAACAGAAGCAGUUCAGUUCUGACAAGUUAACAGCCAGUCAGCAGAGAACAACUUUCCAGCUCAGUGACAUUUUUGAUUCCAGUGAAGAGAGUGAUUAA